AUGAAUAUAAUCCGAACAUCUCCCCCCCUCCACCCUGCACGAGAUCUUCUCAAGGUCGGCGACAGCAGAAAGACAAUGGAGGCUGCUGGCCGUCACCUGGCUUUUACGAAAGGAGGGGAUGCUGAGACCAGCUAUGCCAGAAAUUCUUCCAUUCAGGUUUCUGGCACGAAGAAGAGCUACUACAACUACUCUCCCCUGGUCUUCUUUUAGCGUUUACUAAUGGCGUCUGAUGUGCGUUAUGUUUUCUGCAGAGGACUAUCAUAGAAGAGGUUAGGCCGAUCGUCUGAUGUGCGUUAUGUUUUAGUUUAUCUGCUAUGAAGGCAAAGAAUAGUAUUCUAAUACAAGUAAUUCAUCUCCAUCAUUCUAGGAUUGUUUGGGAAUCGCUGUUAUAUUCUCCCUUUCUACUCCAUCCCCGCUAAGAAGACUUUUCUAACAUGUUACCGUUGGAGUGACGUAUAGGCUGACGAACUGAGUCAUGGAAAUCCAUCGCCAUGUUCCCCUUCAAAUUCACCAGAUAGAUAAAUAUCACAAAUUUUUAAUAUACUAUGAGUGCACAAUGGAUAUUCCACUAUGUCUCUUAGUCAUUCAUCUAUGAACCAGGUUGACAUUAGACCUGAUCUGAAGAAAAUUAGAUGGUUGCCUCGAAUGAUAAAGUUUUUAUUCUCUUGAAUAAUUCAUGGGAAGAUGAAUUACAGGAUCCCUUAAAGGCCCAAGCAGAACGCGGCAUGGUUUUGAACAAAGGGAACAUUUACAUUUCCGAAGAAAGUCCACCUUCUGUGGUUCAAGCAUACACAAGGCAGUUCCGAAUUGACUUCUCAAGUUUUCUAAGGUGUAGAUCAGUAGAAACAGUUCCUGGUGGACGGAUGGUACUGACUAUAGCAGUCCGAACAAGUUUGGAUCCCAUCCAGGAAUGCAGUGUUCUGAUAUGGAUUCUGUUAUCUCGAGUGCUUCGGGAUCUGGUUCAAGAGGUUCGUGUUGCUAACUUUAUUUAUGUUUAUAUACUUUACCCAAAUUUAGGUAAAUAUGCUUUUGUCUAUGAUUGCCUGAUAUUUAUUCAAUAUACUUUUUAAAUCUGUGACGAGCAUGUAAAUUAAACCAAAUUUUUAGGUGGCAACCCUAUUUUAAUAAAUUGGAGUCGCAGAAGGGGUACCCUUUCAAGAGAACAUACUAUUUCAUUUCACAGAAGACAUAACUAAAAGAGAAUGAACAUCUUUCGUUCAAUUUAUUACGUCAGUUAAGAUCAAUGAAUGUGAGACAGAUUUGUGUGAUAACAAUAUUUAUAUAUUUCGAAAAAAUUCCAGACUUCCUCUAAUUACCAGUCAACAUGUUGAAAAUUUUAAUGUUAUUCAGACUGUCCUUGUUUGCCUUCAACGCAAGGUGGCUCGAUCUUAUCUCUGUGGGGCAAGCUUCUGAAUAUCUGGAAAGUUUUAGAAAAUAACUUAGAACAGUUUGGAACAACAGGAUAAAAAUGAUUUAAAUUCUUAGAUGCAAGGCCUAUAUUACAUAGGUCAUGAAGAAAUUUUCACAUGAGAUGAAUAGACUUUGUAAAAUUUAAAUUCGCUCUUUCUUCACAAUGGCCAAUUUGCAAGUAUAUAAGAGAGAAUUGAAAAUAAACUAAAUCUCUACUUCGCUUCUACUUUUAAGUUCCUACACUGUAGAUGUUGACAUUUGUUGAUGUCAUUUUGUUGCUUGGCUUGACUUGAUGUGUUCUAGUUUUUUUCUUUGUAUUUAAUGCAUUCUUUGAUGUUAGUGAGUCGUUAAUACUCUCCUUAUAUUUAGAUAUUCUGUAGACACUUGAGUCGAAGUCGCUCAUUAAAGGCUGUAUUUUUCGGUUAAUGUGUGGACACACAUUGAUGGGAUCUUAACAACUCAUUCAAGUUGUUGAUAGAUAAAUUUAAUAAUUUAAUUUCUACAAGUUCUUUCUAUAUUUCUUCCCUUAAAACUCUCCUUUAUAUGGGCUUCGUUUUCUGAAUAUUGGGUAGGCUGUCUGGAAAAGUGUUGGUGUAUUAAUGUUUAAAUUAUAUAUAAACCAUCCUCACUAACUCAUCCACCAAAUAAAUACAGAUUUAUGUCAACGUAGUGCUCUUUGAAUUUACAUAGUUAUGUCAAGAUGGAAUAAUGUUGGAAACAACUACUCACAUUUUAUAAUAAAGAAAGCUUUCAUAUUCCUAUAUAUUUAGUUUAUAAUAACAAUGUAACUACAUUUUCACAUCCAUAUUCUUUAAAAUGAUAUGGUCCUGCAUGUUUUUGGGGAUAGGAUACAUGCAAAUGAAAAAUUUUCAGAGAAACAUGAAAUAAAUUUGAUGAAUAUUAGCAUCCAUUUUGAUACUUGAAUCUUAGAGAAAUCGGAGUUAAUUCUAUAUUUUGCUUCAAAUAUCCAAAACUUGUAUAUACUUUGAUCUAAAUAUAUUCAGCUCUUUUCCAAAAAAUUCAAAAAAGGCAUAUAUGAUAUGAAGGAUUAUUUAGUUUUUACAACUUCUUUCAUCUUUAUUAAAGUUUUUGGUAAUUUCUUGACUAUAAACUUUUACAUUUAGGCUUACAUCCAGGAGGAGAACUUCAACUCUUUCAAUUUGCCAUUCUACGCACCUUUACCUCUAGAGGUGGAACAAGAGAUCCAUAAAGAGGGUUCAUUCUCUAUAGACUGCAUAAAACUAUUUGAUGUGGAGCUAAAAUCAGUGCAAGAGCAUGCCAAACAGAGUACAGGAGUAUUCAUUACAAAUAUGACACGAGCAAUGGUACAGCCUUUGCUCGUGAGGCAUUUUGGGGGUGAUAUUAUUGAAGUUUUAUUUUCAAACUACAAUAAACUAGUUGAGAAAGAGGUAUCCAUAUCAAAAAACAAGCUAAAGACGUUAGCUGUUUCAUUAGUAAGGAAUUCAUAG